CUCGCAUGCUCAAUAGCGCAAAAAACAAAUGUUUUCAAUUUGCACGGGGCGGUCGAACGCGCCAUCGUUAACCAUCCGUCACGGUGACGCGGCGCGCGCCGUGUCCCCCGGCCGCACGCUGCGUCGCGCUGCCACCGUCCCCGCCGUCGCCACGGCUUGGACGCGAGCGGCGUCGCCGCCACACCGAUGGCAAAAUCGCCGGACAGCGACCUGCUCACGUUCAACAUCUCGUACCACCGCUCGUGGUGGCGGGACUACGGCUCGGCGUGCCCCCCCGCGCCACCCACGGCGCUGCCGGGCCCCUCGGUGGCAGGCGACACGGUGUCUGACGGCUUGACGGGGCCCGUGGCGGUGGGCGUCGUGGAAUGUCCGCUCGAGUUCCAGUUCGUCGAGGUCAUCCACAGCGCCUGCCAAAUCGUGCUCGCGCUGGUGUGUUUUGUCUGCGCCUGCUAUGUCAUCAGCGUGUUCACGGAGGAAGAGGACAGCUUUGAUUUCAUCGGUGGAUUUGACUCGUACGCGGCGUACCGGGGCUCGCAGAAGAUGUCAUACCUACAGCUGCAGCCGCUCUAUCUGCCUAAAUAGGCAUCUGCGGAGACCUCUGGAUUCUCCUUCCGCGGCGCUGGCUCGGCAUGGGGGAGGAGGAGGGGGGUCACAACGGGGGGUCACAGCGGGGGCCCACGGCCAACCUCGCCCGGCGAAGAGCGACACAAAGCGGCACGACGCGGCGCGGUGCGCACGGGCGGCUUCGAAGACGUCGCUCCUCGAGCCGUCCGAAGCGGGCGGUGGGGCGCGCGCUCGCUCGCUCCUCCCCGCCGGUGGUCACCCGGCCGCCCUCACCCUCCUCGCGCUCCCAGGCCUCGCGCCGUUGUGAUAUCCACGACACAGGAAUUGUAAUUUGCAUGUCACAAAAAGAAAGCGUCACCUGCGAGUUCAAAUCCUUGUUGGUUUUGUUUUUAACGAUAGUUUUUUUUUGAGGGGGGGGGGGUGGUGGGUUUGUUCUCUGACCUAUUUGGCAAAAAAAAAGCCUUUGAGAAGUAUGGCAAUAAAUCUGUGCUCAGCUUCAAUCGUGUCCCACUUUAAUCAGCUCUUCUUUUAAUGAAGAUCCUGACACGAAUGCCCUGUGCUCGCUACCUGUGGCGGUUCCUGUGCUGUCUCUCGUCCCACAGAGGCUCGUGUUGUGAGUCACCCUCAGUGGGGAAUUUCUACAUUCCACAGCUCGCUGUGGAGAGAGUUAAAUGAAGAUGAAUGGGAUCAUCUUUCUACCUCUGUAUAUUUUCCAGUCUUGAUUUAACUCUACUUCACCACUGGGAAAGGAUCGCAGUAUAAUUGAACGGCCGUGCUGUCAUUGACCGGAAGAUUCUCUCACGUAGUCCACAGAGAUCCCACGUUGUUAUCGGCCUCCAGCCGUGGUGGGCAGCGAUUCAACCCACCUUUGUAUCUGGCUCGUUCGUCCGUCGCUUGGCACUCUCCGAUCUCUUCUGCCGCCACAGCUAUAUUUUACGACUAAGCUGCGGUGUUUUUGUUGUUGUUGUCAAACCCUUUAAUUGCAUUGGCACGUGUGAAUAUUUCUUUAAUUUCCUGACCACGAACUGGAGUUGUGCCCGAGCGCGCGCCGUUGGUCCCUCGAGUAAUCCGAUUGGUGGAACUGUGACGUCUCAACAAGCCCCAGAAUGCCAUUGCAAUGAACAAAUUGAGCACCCCCCCUUCCACUCCACCACUUGCGUGUGGGCUGAGCGCAGCGUUUGGGGGCGAUGUAUAAUUUAUAUUUUUUUCACACGGAUGUUUCGCUCCGACCACCAGAGCAUUUCUAAUUUCACAGCGCGGAGUGCAUCGUCGUAAUUUCACAGUGGAGCUGCGGUGGCGAUUCACUAUGCAUACAUAUGUGAAUACAUCACCCUCGCGAGAAGUCAAACACUUGUAAAUUCAGAGAUGAGAGAGAUUUAAAAGGACUCAUGGAUCAGUGGCCACGUUGAAAUGUGCUUCUAUUGCUGAUUCAUUCACUGCCAGAUUUCUUAAAUGGGAAAUUAACAGAGAAAAGGGCCAUUUCUGGCAUGCAAUCGUAUUCACUGCUGGGUUGCAUGUCCAUGCUCUCAGCAAAGCUCAAGAGAAACACGUCGCGCAGCAGUUUUUGGCUGUGCUGUGUGGUUGGAGUUGUGUUAAAUACGGCGGUUUGCAAUGAAGAUACAGGGGUGUGUUGGAGAUAGAAACGUGCGUUUGUCUAUUACCGCACUCUGUGUACAUUCCGCACAUGUAAACUCGGCGCGUCGUACGUCAAAUACCGGCUACUUGUCCUACCCGUUGCAAAUAUGUAAUAACAGCCUACUGUGACAAAAUAACUAAUCGUACAUUUUUGUAUUGCUCACGCCUUCAUGGCAAAUCUGAUUAGAGUGUGACUAAAAACGUUUUUAUGGCGUAUGGAAGCUGUAUUGUGCAUAUGGAUCCGUCAUUAACGUAUACAUAAGGGAGAAGUGGGGGGCUGUUGACGUAUAACCACUUUAGUUGGUUGACCUUUUUUUAACUCGGAUGUAGAUAUAUACAUGUGUAAUUGGACGUUUUGCUGAUUUUACACGUUCGUUCUUAUGGUGUAUUUUUGGUCGCGCAAUAUCAGCGAUGAAUUCCGUGGUGCGGCGUUGUCCCUGUAAUUUGACAGCAUAGUGGAACCCCCAUUGCCUUAGGCCCAGUUACCGUCUGCUUCAGGAUCAUCCGUGCGGUUGUCACCGUGAGCCCAGUUCAUGAGUCUUGUUUCGGCGACAAAAAAUGCCCGACGAUUAUUUUGUCCCUGGAAAUGUUUCAACAUGUUGCGGUUAUUUUUUUCUUUACUCCUCCUCCUCAUUGCAUCGAUGUGAUUGCAAUGCGCUGUUAUGAAUACAUUUUAAAAAGUCGAGGUUUUUUUGUAUUGAAGUGCAUCGUCGUGCCGAGACGGACGUGGCGCAGUCUGCUAAGUUGUGACGCGCGCCGUGGCGCACGCUGGCCACUUGUAGCCACUAUAAAUACAGAUAAUGAUUCUGAAUAAAAGCGUUUGUUACAGCCUCCGCAUUUCGGCUGCAUUCUUCCGUCCCCGCUGAGCCACCGAGACGCAUCGCUUUUCUGUGCACCGUGCCUUCAUCAACGCACAGUGAC